AUGAUAGCUAUCGGCUUAACCCCGGUAGAAGAAGAACUGUUUGACAUAAUGCCGAAAGAGCCAAUUGCGAAAUAUUCGGAGAAAGAUCCUGAAAUGCUAUUAAACGGCCGGCGUGGAAAUGAUACUGAAGUGAAUUUGGGUCGAAUUAACCGAAUAGUUCUCUCCGGAAAAGCGAUUGUCGAGUAUCUCGACGCGAAAUCGCCGUCAGAAAUUUGGGUUCGAAUUCAGAAUCAUAUUACGGAUAGCACACUGACGAUUAGGGAACCAUACAAAUUGGAGCCGAUUCCUGAGCUAUACUUAAAUGAUUAUGUAUUGGCACCAUACGAUGAGCGGGUUUUUCGGCGGGCUCGAAUUAUCGACAUAUUUCCAAUUCAAAAUAGGAAUUGCGCCAAAAUUCUAUUCAUAGACGAUGCAACGACAGCAGUGGUUAAUCCGGAAUGCCUUUGCGAAAUGCCUGAGGAGCUCAUGUUCUACCCAUGGCAAGCGAUUCAAAUCUCAAUGAUCGGCAUUUUUCCAGGAUUAAGCAUUGACAAUAAUUCAUAUCAGAUUAAACCCAAAUGGUCCCAAGAUGUCUGCGAUCAAUUGUGCGAAGUGCUUAAAAUCUUUCCAUAUUUGAAAAUUGAAGUUGUGCUUUCUAGUGUUAACUUCAACGAUUAUUCUCGUCCUCUUCCGUGUCGAAUUUAUGGUGUUGGUAAGGGUUUCGAAGAUUCGAAAGAUGUUGGUGUUGAUCUCACCUCAAUUCUUAUUGCUAGAUGCCGCCAAGAUUCGAUUAUUGAGAUUCCCAUGCAUGAUGCUGCCUAUCAUAAAUUUUUCGAAUACGAAGAUUCAAGAGAAACGGGCGAACCGGAAAUUGAAGAAAUUCACCAACAAAUGCCAUUGAACUGGAAACAUUUGAGUCCAGAAGAGGAAGAAGCUCAAAAAGCAGAAGAGAGAAAGCUGUUCAAGAAUGACAUUGAUCCUGAUGUUGGUGACUGGGAUCCAGCGAACUGCCAAAUUCCAGCAUUUUCAAAAAGCGAUCUCGAAAAAUUUGCCGAUGAAAAUGGAAUAGUUUUGAUGGCCGUAGAAGGGAAUGCAACGAAAUCGCCAUACGUGUGGUUUGCGAGGCCCAUUAUGAAGACAUGGUCCGGCCCUAAUGACACUGUGGUCACAAAUGUAACCAAAAGCAGCUACCCAAAGCAGGAAGAAUUGACAUUGGACGAUGAAGUGGAAUGGAUGAUGCGUGGAAACGAGGAUUUGGUAGCUUGUGCCGAAGAAUUAGACACUUACUAUUCGAAUACAAAAAAUCGGAAGCCAUUAUUAGCCGAGCAAAUUAAAAAAUAUCAUUCGGAAGGUUUGCAUGUCUAUGCAAUCUGUGCUGUUAGUGAAGAAAGAGCGGCAUUUACGGGAGAAUGGCAAAGAGUUGAGAUUCUGAAUUGCAACGUAUUUGCGAGCGUCCGUUAUUUGGAUUCUGGCGGCCACGAUAUGGUACUGACAAGUUCGCUGUACAAAAUUCAUAAACAGCAUUGUCGAUAUCCUCCAAAAUGUCUUCAAUUGGCCCUACAUGGAAUCCGUUCAUCGAAUCCGAAAAUCACGGAUAGCGUUCCUGGUGCCUGGAAUGCUUUGGAAGUUGCCACGUUCAAAACAUUGCUACGCGAGGAUACGCCAUUACAAGUUCAUUUGAAUGAUAGUUUAGUGAUGAAUCAAACAAAAUUGGAAAUGUUCGAAUUUUCAGUCGACCGCCUGACACUUCCAGAAGGCAUUGAGCCAGUCGGAAUGAGAAAACCGUAUCAGGAGAGCAAUGUGUUUUUCGUAAGAGAUGUUACGUUUUGCGGAGAAACGAAAUCGUUAUUAUGGGAAUUCCACGAAGGUCAGCAUUACAAAUGUGGAAUUAUUGAGAAUGAUAUGCCGAUGCCAUGGAAUCCCGUAAAAGGACAACAAAUAGACGUAUUCGCGGAUAAGAUCGAAUUGUUCGAUGUCGAGACAGCGUCGAGCGAUCCGAUGUCUGGAGACGACGAAGAAUCUUUCUAA